AUGUAUUUCGCCGCCAUAGCUUCUUCACGACAAAGCUUUUUAUCAGACUCUUUCAGCUUCCGACACUGUUUCAAACCCAAAUCCAAUGUUAAUUACCUCACUCGUCCCAAUUCAAUCUGUUGCAAAUCUCAACACGACGAGGACAAAACUGAUUCUUCGCGGAAAAAUGAGAAUCAGCUGGCGAAAUUGGCAAUCGCGACGCUAGCGGUUGGCGUUUUGGCUUUGGGAUCCGUUGGUGAUGCGUCUGCGGCCAAAAGCGGCGGCAGAGUCGGCGGUCAAGCGUUUCGUUCUUCAGCUCCUCGGCCUUCAGCUCCUCGGCCUCCUCCUAGAAUUAACAACCGAUCGAGGACCAACAUCUACGUGAAUCCUCAGGUUGCACCACCUUUGAUCGGUGGCUAUGGAUAUGGUGGUUAUGGCGGUUAUGGAUGGUCACCAUUUUCAUUUUUUGCCCCCGGUCCUGCAGUGGCAGUUGGUGGCGGUGGUGGCUUUGAUAUCCUCGUUCUCUUCAUGUUUUUUGGAGCUGCUUCAGCCGUCGCUAGAAACUUUUUCCGAUCAACAAAUGAAGAAGAUGACGGAGAUGACUAUUAG